GUGAGAGAUAAGAAAGUGAUAAAGAUGUUAUCACCUGUUGUGGUCUACUAUGUAAGCUUUGCCUGCUGUAUGAGCCACGCGCUGGAAUCAGGGAGUCACAGUGAUGCUGAGGAUGAACCCAAUUCCUUUGACAAAUUUUUUCCUGACUUGACUACAGAAACCUCCAAGGAUGGGGACAUUCCUGUUUAUAAAAUGUACAGGUGGCGCAACCAUCCGACAAUGUUCACUCAGCCACCACCUCCUAGAUUCAGCCGUGAAAGGCCGACUAGAUCAACAACUACGGAGGAACCUGAUGAUGGAGAAGGCGAUUAUAAAAUCAUUCCUGUACCGAAAGUAGCUACAAAUGGACAUCCAUUCCUAGAUAAAAAAGGAAAACGGAUAAAAAAGAUUACGAAGAGGGAAACUGGGCAACAUAAUGAACUGGAUGUGGAGAAAGAAGAAAUCUUGAAAAAAUCUCAACCUGAAUUAUGGGUGUGGCAUAUUAUAUAGGUAUUAAUUAAAAAAAUUAAUUGAUUUUCAGAUUCCAAAAGAACCAAAGAGGAUCUGUGAUAUACGUAAUGUAUGGCUGUAUCUUCUUCAAUGUCAUAGUUGUGAUUUUUGUUGUCGUCGUAUGUGUGUUACAAUGCUUAAUAGGAAACCAGUGACACCUCUCCUCUUAAGAUAUAACAUAAUGUCUCCUAUCAAUUUAUAGCACUAUCUUAAUAAUUAAAAUUCUAAAAUAUUGAGAAAUAACUUUU